GCACAGUGCAUCUGCAUCGCAAGUUCGUGCUAACAUAUCGACAUGAAGCUGCUGGUAAUUGCCGCCCUGCUGGCCGUGGCCGCCGCCCGGCCCCAGGACCCGGCCUACGACCCCGCUGAGGAGCUCCGAGCCGCCGGCAUCGUCCGCAUGGAUAUGGUCCAGAACGACGACGGCUCCUUCCAGUACGGCUACGAGACGGCCGGCGAGGGCCAGGAGAGCUCCCAGGACGUGUCCGGACGGCCCGAGCAGAUCGGAGAGGAGGUCGGCAUCGUCAGCCAGGGCACCUACUCGUUCGUCGCCAAGGACGAGGACGGAAACGAGGUGCCCGUCACCAUCACCUGGCGGGCCGGCCCCGAGGGCGUUGUGAUGGAGGGCGCCGCCAUCCCGGUGGCUCCCGAGGACCCCAACAAGGCUGCCCAGGACGCCGCCUACGCCGCUGCCGCCGGCGCUGGUGACUUCUAAGGCGGAAAAUGAUCCGAGAACCCUGAACUAUCUCGCCUCUGUGAAGGCUGUGUGCUGAUCGAGUGGACGCACUAACACUUGUGAGUCAUUUCGCUGUCAUCAUGUGAUAUUAAUAAAUGCAGAAGUAUCAUUGA